CGACGAACUAGGCGGUAGUUAGGCAGGCCAGGCCAGGCCGGCGCAUGGCGGACACCGUUUUGUUCGAGUUUCUGCACUCGGAGAUGGUGGCGGAGCUGUGGGCGCACGAGCCCGACCCCGGCCCCGGGGGACAGAAGAUGAGCCUGUCGGUCCUGGAAGGCAUGGGCUUCCGCGUGGGCCAGGCCCUGGGCGAGAGGCUGCCCCGGGAGACGCUGGCCUUCAGGGAGGAGCUAGACGUCCUCAAGUUCCUGUGCAAAGACCUGUGGGUGGCCGUGUUCCAAAAGCAGAUGGACAGCCUCCGCACCAAUCACCAGGGGACCUACGUCUUACAGGACAACAGCUUCCCCCUCCUCAUCCGGAUGGCCUCGGGCCUGCAGUAUGUGGAGGAAGCACCCAAGUUCCUGGCCUUCACCUGCGGCCUUCUGCGUGGCACCCUCAGCACCCUAGGCAUCAAGAGCCUAGUCACCACCUCUGUGGCAGCCCUGCCAGCCUACCCCAGCCUCAGGCUAAAGCCAGCCCUUCUCUUCCAGCCAAGUUCCAGGUGGUGAUCCAGAGACCCUGACCCGCCCCAGCUGAGCCCCACAGCACCCUUGGCCCAGAGAUCCCGGGCCACUGCCUUUGGCGGUGGCCAGAGGGCUGGUGCUGGGGAUCCCAGGCUCUGGGGGUGACGAGGUGGGGUGUCCAGCUGCAUCAGGGCGUCACACAUGCUCAGCAGAUGGGUGUCAGAGGGAAAUGGAGGCAUCCUGAAGGCAGGGUGGCCUCAGCCACCAUCGGGGCUGGUGUGGAGGGGUCCCCAUCGGACACACACUCACUCUUCACAGAGGGUGCUCAAUAAACGUUCUGUGUGGAGCCAGGUUCAAAGAG